AUGGCAAGUUUGCUGUAUCCCACAGCCGAGAGUUGCACGGCAAGUGGACACGUCCAGGUGCAUAUCGUCAGAAUAUUGAUCGAGUCUCGACGGUGGCUGAUAGCACAACCCAGCUAUUGCAUGCGCAGAAUGCGGCGUAGGGGCGACUCCAAGGAAGCAACCUCCCUAUGGGCAGCCAUCUCCCUCUCAGCGGGACACCAUGCAUCCAUCCGAAGACAGGACAGGUUGUCGAAUCGCCAGCAGCUGGUCAUCGCGAGGGUGGUCCUCUUGUUUGGUGUGAUCGGUGAGAUGGCAAAGGCAGAGGCCAAUGGGGAGUGGAUCGACAUGAGGGAACACAACGUCGAAGCCCGGGCUUGCGGCAUGAGCUCCUACUCGAUUGAUACUCGAGCAGCAUCUCGUGGCGAGCUAAUGCGCGAGAUUUAG